AUGACGGAGCGUAAUCAAGCGCCGGCCAAGUGCCGUAUCAAGAAGCUAACUGCCGAGAAGCUCGUUCACUUUCGCAAUGAGAUCGUGACGCACAAUGGACAGCAAGUCGAUCUCACAGGACGUGGCAUCGAGACUAUUGUGAGCUUGGAGGGUCUCGAGACCGCUACAAAGCUCGAUUUGAGCCACAAUAAGCUCACCAAGCUGACGCAGCUCAAGUCCGUAGCGCACGUGACCAUGCUCAAGCUCACUGACAACAAGUUGACGGGUGACGGUCUUGCCGAGAUCCAGCACCUCAAGAAGCUCGUGAUUCUAAAUGCAGCUGAGAACAGCGUGACGCGUAUCCCGUUUGAGGUGCUGCGCAACGUGCGCACGCUCAAGGCGCUUGUGCUGAAUAAUAACUCUAUAUCUACACUGGACUGGAUCCCGAAAUUGCCUGAGCUGAACUCGCUGAUUGUGAGCAACAACCGCAUCACACAGAUCCCGCAACGUGUGCUGGGUGGACUGCCGAAUUUGAAGAAGAUCUCAAUCUCUCAUAACCUGCUGGAGGAGAUUCCAGAUUUGAGUCAACUGUCGGAAAUUACGGAGCUACGUCUGUCUCACAAUCGCAUAAAGACGGUUCCGGCUCAUUUAGCACAUUUGAAAAAUCUGAAAGUGCUGGAACUGAGCCACAACCAAAUCGAUGACUGGUCAGGUCUGGAGGCAUUGAGCUCUCUUGACAACUUGCGGCAGUUGAACUUGAUCGGCAACCCGAUCGUGGGAAAGAAGUUGCCAAGCACAGCUGGUGAUGUCGAGAAAAGUGGUGACACGUGCAACAACGAGAGCGACAAUGGUGACAGGCAUGACGAUAACAGUAUGAGCAGUGAACACGAUAGCGAUAGUGGAAAGAAGCAAAACGAUGAGACUGUGACUGAAAAAGCUGAUGUAUCUGACGAUGAGAAGCGAAGGAUGAAGGAGGAUAGGCGUCUUGAUGCCAAGCACAAGCAGUACAACUUUAAGAUGAAGAGGCUGUUCCCAAACUUGGUGGUGCGCGACGCUACCCGCGUGCAGGACAAGCGUGUGCACGGAUAUGUUGCACCGUCGAAGGAGGAGAAGAUGAAGCAAAAAAACAACAAGAUGGGGCUUGCUGGCAAGACUACGAAACCAGCGUACACGGGGAAGCGAAAACAUAGCAAAGUCACAAAAGUCGGGGCUGAAUCAGAAACUCAUGAGGUGACUGUACGCGUGGACAGCAACAACAAUGUCGAGAAACCCAGCAAGAAAGAGAAGAUUCGGCACGAGCGCAAGCAUGAAAAGCAGGAUGUUCAUUCGACAGCGAAGGCAGUUGCUGCUGUAUCCGAGUCUGAUAAAGUUCUAAAGCACAAGAAAGCGAAGCAUGUCAAGACCAACGAUCUUGUGCAUGUGGACGUUGCACAGAUUGCAUCUACGUUGAAGGUAAAGGAGAAGUCGGAAGCGAAGGCUGUGAAGGAAAAGAAGCGGAAGGAAAAGCAUGAUAAGAAGAAAGACCAGCGACAGCCUAAGGAGAUUGCUAGCGGCGUGGUGGCCGAAAAGCUAUUCAAAAAGGUUAAGAAGAGCAAGACGCGGCAGGCCAAGUCUUUGGACUUCACGCAGAUCAACUUCACGCCCAACAUUGGCUUUGGCGGCUCUAGUGCAUGGGAUUAA